GAGACCAACGGGUUUUCCAAAGCCAGACUUUGAGAACGCGCGUGCACGUAACCGGUGGGCGGGGCACCACGACGGUACAAACAGAGCAUGCGCUAAACUCACAAGAGCUCAGGCAGGCUGCAGGUUUCCUUGUUUCCGCACUCCUCAUGAGAUGCGCCCUGUGCAUGUUACGCGCGAAUGUUUAAUGGGUGCAUACGGAACAGUGGGCCGUUUUCGUCAGAUUUCGGGUUGUGACCAACUUACGUAGGAUUUGUGCAUUGCCAGUGGUAACGAGAAUCAGAUCACCGGUAGACCGAAUGGGAAGACGAAGAAGCUGCCCUAUUUUGUCACGUUUGUGAUAGGAGCUUGACAUUUUAAAUCAUGGAGAAAACGAUUGUAAAAAUUAAGGAGGAAGACUGUGAAUGGGAAUGGAUCCACCCAGAACAGGAGAGUCUUUGUAUUAAGAAUGAGCAUUUUAAAGUGGAAUCAGUAGACGUGAAGGAAGAGACGGAGCAGAAGUGUGUUGGCGGUGAUUUGCAGACACAUGACGACAGGCCUGAUCAUAUCAAGGAAGAUGGCCGCGACUCCAAACUUUUCUCUCCAUUUGAAGGUGCAGGUGAAGCGAUUACCAAAUUAGACUCUGCUCAGAGUAAGCGCUCUUCUUUCCAUGAGCAUUCUGUUAAUGUGAAGUCUGAGUCAUCCGUGUCGCACUCAAAGAGGGCUGAAGGAGCGGCCUCAAGGAUGACCUCUGAAGAUCAGCCGCCAUCUGCAAGUCGGGGCGCAAAAGAUUUACAAGACGUUAGUCUCUCCCCACCUUCAUUUCCUCAGACCUCCCUUCCCUGCAAAUCACAGCAGCCACCACGACAGGAAAAUGUGACGAAACCGAAAUCUGACUCGGAGAUUUUGAUACCAGCUAUUUUCCAGAAGAGGUCUCUACCUGUUGUCAGACUAACAAGAAUAGAUGUUAUCUCCUUACAAAAACAAGUACAAAAUUCAAGUCCAUCUGCUUUAUAUGCUUCCAAAGAAAGCAGCAAACACUUGAAAAACAAAUCCAACUGCAGUAAUGAGCAAGACCGUGAUAAGAAACACAGGCCACAUUCAUGUUCAGAGUGUGGCAAAAGAUUCACACAACUAUGCAACCUUCAGGUACACAAACGAAUUCACACUGGGGAGAAGCCAUAUUGCUGUUCUGACUGUAAUAAACGAUUCUCCAGCAAUAGCUAUCUUCAGAUCCACAGAAGAAUUCACACUGGGGAGAGGCCAUAUACCUGUUCUGAAUGUAACAAAAAAUUCACCACCAGUAGUACCCUUCAGAAACAUACAAGAAUUCACAGUGGUGAAAAGCCAUAUUGUUGUUCUGACUGUGGCAAACGUUUCUUCAACAGAAGCAGUCUUGAGAAACACACAAGAAUUCACACUGGUGAGAAACCAUUUUGCUGCUCUGAAUGUGGCAAACGAUUCUCUGUCAGCUGCCAUCUUCAGAAGCACACAAGAAUCCACACAGGAGAGAAGCCAUAUUCCUGUUCUGAAUGCAGCAAAAGUUUCUCUACCAGUAGCAGUCUUCAGAAACACGUAAGAAUUCACACUGGAGAGAAACCGUAUUGUUGUUCCUUCUGUGGCAAUCGAUUCUAUGACAACAGUCGGCUUCUGAACCACACAAGAAUUCACACUGGAGAGAAACCAUAUUCUUGCUCUGAAUGUGGAAAACGGUUCUCUACCAACAGUCGCCUUCAGAAGCACAAAAGAAUUCAUACUGGUGAGAAGCCAUAUUGCUGUUCUGACUGUGGCAAACUCUUCUCGGAUGGUAGUAGUCUUCAGCGACAUAAGAGAACUCACUCUGGAGAAAAACCAUACUGCUGCUCUGACUGUGGCAAACAAUUCUCCACUAGUAGUGGUCUUCACACUCACAAAAGAUUUCAUACAGGAGAGAAGCCGUUUUGCUGUUCUGAAUGUGGCAAACGGUUCUUCACUAUUAGCAGUCUUCAGAAGCACACAAGAAUUCACACUGGAGAGAAGCCAUACUGCUGUUCAGAAUGUGGCAAACGAUUCUCUGACAAAGGUGGUUUUCAACAACACACAAGAGUUCACACGGGAGAGAAGCCCUAUAGUUGUUCUAAGUGUGCCAAACGAUUCUCACAAAUGAGUGGUCUUCAGAAUCACAUAAGAAUUCACAACGGAGAGAAGCCAUACAGCUGUUCAGAAUGUAAAAAACGAUUCUUAUCAAAGUACAACCUACUGAAGCAUACAAAGAUUCACACUGGAAAGAAGAUUCCUUCCUGAGAGAAGCCAUUUUAUUGUUGUGAAGGAAGUGUUUGACAUUAUAUACCAUUCCAUGGAAACAUUAGAAAGGCAGCAGAAAAGGAGAGUAUAAAUGAUUAUCCCAGCAAAAACAAACCCCUGACAGCCAUAUACUGCGUAUGUAAUAUUUAGAUGCUGGCCUCCUGGCUCGGCCCCAUAUGGCUCAAUAAUUGACAUGGCUUAGCAGAUGGAAACUAAGGUCAAGAAAUGAAUAUUCGAUUGUGCUUAGACAAGAUGGUGAGCCACACACAAUGGGUAAAGUAUAAACAGAACAAGUCAAAAGAGGCAAGUGCCAGGUAGUGUCGCAUUUUCUCAUAUAGCUAGGGACAGGGUCCAAGGUGGAACAGAUUUGACAGAUGUAACCACUCCAAAAUAUUUUACAGACUAUUACACAUGUAGACAGGUAAGAAGUCCCACUGCAAACCCUUUCCGGUCCCACCGCUUUGACUUGCGGAAAUACCAAAGACAGCUGAGGCUCCACCUUGGAGUUUGUGAAUGUGUUCGUCAUUGAAGGGGCAGAAGAAGCAAGGGCUGUGUCAUUUUAUGGGGGCAUAGGAAAGCACUACAAGUAUCCAUCUGUUUUUUCAUUCUUUUAUUAAAGGACAGAAAGAAUAAAAAAAAAUGUAAAUGCUGGGCUCGAAACUGCAAAUGAAACAGCCACAAAUGCACCCCCCAAAAUCCCUUCCAACAGCCUUAGCCAAAGGUUUUGAGAAUGACGCAAGUAUUAAUUUUUUUACAAAGUUUACUGCUUCAGUGUUUUUAGAUC